AUGGCUGACAUGAAAACGGGCGUCUUUGCGAAAAAUGUCCAAAAGAGACUGAACAGGGCGCAGGAAAAGGUGCUUCAGAAACUAGGCAAAGCUGAUGAAACAAAAGAUGAACAGUUUGAAGAGUAUGUUCAGAACUUCAAACGGCAAGAGACAGAAGGUUCCAGACUUCAAAAAGAGCUUCGAGGAUAUUUAGCUGCAAUUAAAGGCAUGCAAGAUGCUUCCAAAAAGCUUACAGAGUCUCUUCAUGAAGUAUAUGAACCUGAUUGGUAUGGUCGAGAAGAUGUGAAAAUGGUUGGUGAGAAAUGUGAUGUGCUUUGGGAAGAUUUUCACCAAAAGCUGGUAGAUGGGUCACUACUAACUUUGGAUACAUAUUUGGGACAGUUUCCUGAUAUAAAGAUUCGCAUUGCAAAGCGGAGCAGGAAACUAGUGGACUAUGAUAGUGCAAGACAUCAUCUAGAAGCCUUGCAAAGUUCUAAAAGAAAAGAUGAAGGGAGAAUUUCCAAGGCAGAAGAAGAGUUUCAGAAAGCACAGAAGGUAUUUGAAGAUUUUAACACUGAUUUGCAAGAAGAACUACCAUCUUUAUGGUCAAGGCGCGUGGGCUUCUACGUCAACACAUUUAAAAAUAUCUCCAGUCUGGAAGCCAAAUUUCACAAAGAAAUAGCUUUGCUCUGCCACAAACUUUAUGAAGUGAUAACUAAAUUGGGAGAGCAGCAUGCUGACAAGGCCUUCACAAUCCUUGGAGCACCCAGCGAUUCUGGUCCACUCCGCAUUGCAAAAACUCCAUCACCACCUGAAGAGGCUUCCCCACCACUUAGUCCUGAAGCGAAUGCAAAUCAUACAUUGGCAACCCCGAGUUCUCCAGCACCUGCACGCCCUAAAUCUCCUUCACAGCUGAGGAAAGGGCCUCCUGUCCCACCACUGCCUAAACUCACACCAACGGCAGACAUGCAACAAGAAAAUAUUAUCAGUUUAUUUGAUGAUAACUUUGUUCCAGAAAUAAAUGUGACAACUCCUUCACAGAAUGAAACUCCUGAUGCUAAAAAAGAAGAGUCUUUGUUAGAUUUGGACUUUGAUCCUUUCAAACCUGAUAAUGCAUCUACUGUGGUGGCCCAUUCCCCAAUGUCUCAGACGCUACCCUGGGAUCUGUGGACGACCAAUAAUGAGAUGGUGCAGCCGGCAUCAAACAAUGCUUUUAAUGGAUUUGCACAGGACACCUCCCUGUUUUCAAUGCAGCCAACUCAGGAUGUUAUAGAUAGUAUGGCUGAAGCAGAAGCUCUACCUUUGGAAAUUCAGGCAGAGGAAGACAUCAAUAUGGCUGCCUCUGAUACCAAGCCAGAAGGACAGGCUCUGGAGGCUGAUAAGUCCACAGCUGAAACUGUGUUGCAGAUGGACUCAGUAAUUGAAAAUCCUACUGAAACGGAGUGUGUUGAUGCCACUUCUACAAAUGAAGGUAGUGAAGUUGCUGUUAUUGAUGAAAUAGAAGUUACUGAAAGCAGCAUAGAUUACAUUGAAGGAAAAGCAGAAGACAUCCAGGACAAUCUUGGUAACAUCCCUUCAGUAGUUAUAGAGCCUGCAUCAAACAAUGAAGAUGGAGACGAUCAUGAGAUACAAGUUACUCAAUCUAUGGAAGAAGUUGGUAAUCAGAACACUGAAGUACCCACUGUUGAAAUUACAGAUGAUAUAAGUGAGCCAACAAAUAUAAUAGAAGUACAGCCUGUAUCUUCUGAGAAACAGCCUGCAGCAGUAGAUGACAUGCCUCCUGGCUUCCUCUAUAAGGUUGAAGCUUUGCAUGAUUUUGAGGCAGCCAACAGUGAUGAACUUAUGUUGCAACGAGGCGAUAUUGUAUUGGUAAUCCCAUCAGCAGCAGAAGCAGAUCAGGAAGCAGGUUGGUUAACAGGCAUUAAGGAAUGUGAUUGGCUUCAAUACAAAGAUGCAUCCACAUAUAAAGGACUGUUCCCUGAAAACUUCACCUGCAGUUUUGAGUAA